AUGAGUGCUUCAAAGUUCAUCAAAUGUGUGACUGUAGGAGAUGGAGCUGUGGGCAAAACUUGCAUGCUCAUUUGUUACACCAGUAACAAGUUCCCAACUGAUUAUAUUCCAACAGUGUUUGACAAUUUUAGUGCUAAUGUGGCUGUAGAUGGCAGUAUUGUCAAUUUAGGACUAUGGGAUACUGCAGGUCAGGAAGAUUAUAGCAGGUUGAGGCCACUGAGUUACAGAGGUGCUGACACAUUUGUAUUGGCUUUCUCUUUAAUCAGUAGGGCCAGCUAUGAAAAUGUCCUCAAGAAGUGGAUGCCUGAACUUCGUCGCUUUGCGCCUAAUGUUCCAGUUGUGCUUGUUGGAACGAAGUUAGAUCUCCGUGAAGACAGAGGAUAUCUAGUAGAUCAUAUAGGAUCUAACGUCAUUACAACGGCCCAGGGGGAGGAGCUGAGGAAACAAAUCGGUGCAGCAGCUUAUAUAGAAUGCAGCUCGAAGACUCAGCAGAAUGUGAAAGCUGUUUUCGAUACUGCAAUAAAGGUGGUGAUUCAACCUCCUAGAAGGAAGGAAAUUCCAAGGAAGAAGAGACAUAGGAGCACUGGUUGCUCAAUUGUCAGGGGUAUAGUCUGUGGAGGCUGUGCAGCUUAG